AUGGAGCACUACCAUGUAGUGUGACAGUGGAUGGCACAUGGCAACGAAGAGGACAUGCAUCAAAGAUUGGCAUAGUUUUUGUCAUGUCUGCUAGAACUGGAGAUAUAUUAGACUAUGAAGUUAAGUCAUUGGUGUGUCACCAAUGCAGCAAAGCCACUAAGAAACUUGGAAAUGAUACAGAUGAGAUGAAUCAAUGGCAGGAGACACAUAAACCAUUUUGUAACAUAAAUCAUAAGGGAACCUCCGAUGCUAUGGAAUCAUCUGCAGCAGUUGAUAUAUUCUCCAGAUCAAUCGAAAAGAGACAUCUCAAGUAUACCACAUAUGUAGGUGAUGGUGAUUCAAAUUCAUUUGGUAAAGUGAAAGCUGCCAUACAAGACAAGUAUGGAGACAGAUAUCCAAUUGUAAAAGAGGACUGUGUGGGCCACAUACAAAAAAGGAUGGGAACAGCUCUUAGAAGUUACAAGAAAGGGAAGAAAGGAAUGAAACUUUCUGAUGGAAAAACUGUUGGUGGUAAAGCAAGGCUCACAGAUCUUGUAAUUGAUAAAAUUCAAGGGUAUUAUGGAAAGGCAAUCAGGAGCAACAAAAAUAAUUUGGAAGGGAUGCAUAGAGCUGUUUGGGCAAUAUUUUGCCACACUAUUGCCAACUCAAAUGAAAGCCUUGAGCAACAACAUCGUUAUUGUCCCCAAGCCAGCGACACUUGGUGCAAAUUUGUGAAAGAUAAAAUUCAUAAUACAAAAUCAUAUUCUGAAGAAGGCAGACUACCAGAGGUGUUUCAUGAUGAAUUAAAGCCCAUUUUUACAAGACUUUCUGAUAGAGUUCUCCUUCAGAGAUGUCUUGCCGGCAUGACACAAAAUCAGAAUGAGUGUGUCAAUGGACAAGUCUGGGCAAGGUGUCCCAAGACCAGAUUUUGUGGCAAGAGAAGAGUCGUGGUUGCAGUGUGUGAAACAAUUGCUGUUUCAAAUACAGGUGCUGCAUCCAAAGCCAAGCUGUUUGAGAAGUCAAGGGUACACAUUGGAAAAAACACAUUUAGAGGGCUCAGAUUUCAAGAUAAAACUAGGCUACAAUCAGCAGCUCAAAAGAUCUCUGAGAAAUACAUCAGAACAAGAACAAGAAAGAGACAAGCGUCAAAAAAGAAAAGUGAUAUGAGUUAUUUACCAGGGGGCUUUGGCACUAACCCUGAGCCAGACUUUCCAGUUGCUAAAAAAAGAAAACCAUCCAUAGGAAGCAAGACUUUGGGAAAAAAUCAGAGAAAAGGAAAUACUGGAAAACAUAAAAAAACGCAAGAUGAAGAGUUAUCAGAGGACAGCAAAACAGAGGAACCUAAAAUUCUAUUUAGAGAACCUAUCUUUGAAAGGAUUCAUGGUAACUCUUCUGGCUUAUGAGCUGGAAGUCUUAUUGAUGUUUUAAAACUGAUUUUAGAUGAUAUAACCCGCUCUGUCAACUUGACAAUUAUAUGAAAACUUUAACAGCCGUUUUCUCAAAAUAGGAGAUUUUAGUACCACACCAUAUUGGAGACUAAGUGUACUCCAAAUCUUUUACUGUACACUCAUGAAAUUUUGCAGUGGCAUAGGAUUAGACUUGAAGAGUGCAAUGAGUGGAAAAAAAAUAGUUUGUGUUUCACAUGGCAACCGUUGCUAUGGAAAACAUCCUUAUUUGGAAUAGAAAGCAUUAUGAAUCAUUUUUUUAAAAAGUGUUACACUCAUUGCAUAGAGGUUCAAUAGUUUAAGCUACAUGCAAGAUUUCAUAAGUGCAUGAUUAACAGUCUCUUAAUAAAUACAUCUCCAAGUUUUACCCUUGUGUGCGCAUUUCGCUAAUUUGCAUAUUCUAUUUAUAGAAUAAACAAAUAAAAAAUCCGUCAGAAUGAUAGUCCAUUCUAUGCAUUCACAUCAGCUAAGUUUAUUUUGUCCUGCAUCAUAGAGCCUUUUUGGAAAUUGAUUUUGUUUAAUGUUAGUGCUUCUAAGAAAUUUAGUGUUAAUUACCACCUUAA